AAAGACCAGAGGAUAGCAACGACAGAAAGUGAUUAGCGUCUAGUCGGCGAAGUCAGAGAGUUGUGCACUACCUUCCUAGUCGAUUCAGAAUCUGUCCUCAAAGGCUCAAGCUCAGUUCCUUUUAAUGAAAUGGGUCUCUGGGAUUCUUUUCUCACCUGGCUCCGCAGCUUAUUUUUUAAGCAGGAGAUGGAACUGUCUCUGGUAGGUCUUCAGAAUGCAGGGAAGACAUCACUAGUCAAUGCAAUUGCUACAGGAGGAUACAGUGAGGAUAUGAUUCCAACUAUAGGGUUCAACAUGAGAAAAGUGACAAAGGGAAAUGUCACAAUAAAGCUUUGGGACCUAGGAGGACAAAGGAGAUUCCGAACAAUGUGGGAGCGUUACUGUCGUGGUGUCUCUGCUAUUGUUUAUGUUGUAGAUGCUGCUAAUAGGGACAGCAUUCCUGUCUCUAAAAGUGAGUUACAUGACCUCCUAAUGAAACCUUCUGUGAGUGAGAUUCCUUUGCUUGUUCUUGGGAACAAAAUUGACAAGUCAGAAGCACUAUCCAAACAAGCAUUGGUAGAGCAGUUAGGACUUGUGUCAAUCAAAGACAGAGAGGUCUGCUGCUACAUGAUUUCUUGCAAGGAUUCCAUAAACAUCGAUGUUGUCAUUAAUUGGCUUAUCAAGCACUCCCGAUUUGUAAAAUGAUCCCUCGUCCUGACCACUUUCUUCAGUUUUGGUCGUUAAGAAUUGAUGUGUAUCUGGUGGUUAUGGUCUGUUGAAGUAGUGUUCCUGUAAAGUGACCAACUGUCAGUGCAUUUCAUGCCUUGUUCUUAAUCAACCACAAAACAGAUGACAUU